AUGUACAAAGUUGGUACCUCAACCAAAACCGGUAACCAGUUUAUGUCGUUAACCAAAAAGGCCAUAACGCCACCGAAACCUCAAGGACCAAAGAAACUAGAUAUGUGUUAUGAUUUUCAUGUCAAUGAGGACUUCACUGUUCUUGAACCGUUCGAAGGCGAGACACUUUAUCUUAAAAUCGACAUCACCAGACCGAGCCCUAGUACCGUGUACAAGAUAUACGACGAAGAUUUCGAGUGUGAGAAUGCCAAGGAACUUUUAGAGAAGGACACGGAAACAAGACCAAUCCUUCUCUACGAGUGCUACCAGAGCGGAAACAGUAUCGAUGCGCCAGGAACCAGUAACUUUACUCUUCUCUAUGACGGCACGAGCAAAAUAACAAAAGCACGUGAAGGUGCCACGUGGUCAGCAACAAAGGGAUCUACUGAGUCUUACGUUGUUGGCACUCUUUUUGUUCUCUACAAUGAGGAGAGAAGUUUCGGAGCGAUGUUUUCCUUUGAUGGUGUUAUGUACUUCACUGUUCUUGAACCGUUCGAAGGCGAGACACUCUACCUUAAAAUCGAUAUCAUGAGCCCGUCCCAUGUUAUCCUGUACAAGAUAUUCGAUGAAGAUUUUGAGUGUGAGAAUGCCAAGGAACUUUUAAAGAAGGAUUUGAUCUUGUGGGUGGAGUGAGCGUCGAGUAUAUGCACGCCGUUCUUCAAGGAGCAGCAAAGCAGUUUACAGAACUGCUGCUUUCUUCAUCCAACUCUCAAAAACGGUUCUACAUAGGUACGUCGUACAGUACCAAAAUGUCU